AUGGCAAGCACUUUUCUGGAGCUAGAGACAUCAAGGGCAUGUGAGUGGUGCUCUGCACCAAUUGACAUGAAACAAGAGCUUCCAGGUUAUGCGAACAAACCAUUAUAUGAAUGGGACCAUGGACUUUUGGAGGAUCUGCGCCACUGUUAUGACUGCGUUGAAGUGUAUCACAGGCUUGAAGAUGAAUUAAUAAGAGAGAGGCCAGAAUUUAAAAAGGUACAUGUGAACCUUUAAGUAAAGUCAAUGAUAGACCGCUGGUCUGUCAUGAAAAGAAUAAGUUAUUGCCUUACAAUCAUGGAGCCAUAUAAGUAUUCUCUGUUGCAGAUAAUUAAAUAUAUUUUGAAGAAUUAAUGGAAAAUGACAAUCAUGCAUUGCAAUCAUAUCAGAGCUUAUUGUGUUCAUCUCUUCUGUGCUGUUGACCAUUUUUUGCAGCCAAAAUGAUGCCAGACAUCGUUACAUAAUGUAAAAGUACACUGUAUAUCAUUUUUCUUCCUAUGCAGAUUUUAGCAACUGUUGCUUAUUUUCACACACUAUCCCUUAACAUAAUAUUUUGAUUAGUCCCUUGUCUGAACAGGACAACAAGGGUGUCAAAUUACAAAUUACAAAUUAUGUACAUCGGAUUAUGAAGUAUGCAACGUGUGAAAUAUAUUUAUUGGCUCACCUUGCAAUCAUGGAACAACAUUGUUAGCUUCUUCACCCUUUCUUUUCUCUGCACCUGAAUCUUCAUGUACAUACAUGUACAUUAUUAUUUUGUACCACUAAACAUCCAGGAUUGUAUCAUUAGAAAUUGCAGUUGUUGGAUACCCAAAGAUUGAAAGACACAGUAAACCAGGCUGUUGAUUUGCCAGUGGAGAGAAAAGUUUUUGAUCGCUCUGGGCAGGUUUGUUUUUCUCUUAUGAAAUUAUAAUCCUCUUUUCCUAGUUACCUCGUAGAUCUACAAAUAUUUAUAGCGUUGUGGGCGCUUUCCAUUUAGGAAAAAAACCAGGAAAUUUUGGUGGGAGCGAAAGUGGAAUUUGCGAUUGGUAAAAAGUUGUUCCAUUUGGUCGUAAACCCCGGUACGUCACGGUGCCCGACCGUGGACCUGGAACUGGUAGAAACUACGAGAAACGUAAAUGGAACACGAUAUUCCAUUCGGAAAUUCCAACCGGGAAAACGGGCCCACCUUUUUAGAUUUUCCACUUUUUCUGGGAAUUUUCCAGUGGGACGAACUGACAAAAGGUGUUCCAUUUACAGCCAAACCAGAAAUUCCGGACAUUUUGACUAAAUGGAAAGCGCCCUGUAUUGUCAAGUGAACCUAGUGUGUUUAGUGGCCUUAGCUCCUAAGAGUCUCUUAGCUUAGUGGUAGAGCAUCUGGAGGGGGACAUGAGGGCUUACCGUAUUGCAGUACCAUUUAGCCCUGCAGUGUGCAGUUUCCCAUCCUUUUGGCUAGCGACAUUUGGUACAAGAAAUCCUUUAUGGUAUUGCGGUACUGUUCAUUGCUCUCUCCUGUCUAAUGCAUGUCAGUAUUCAGUGCCAGAUCCAGACCUUGAGAUAAGGAAGGGGGGCGGGGGGGGGGGGGGCUGUUGGCAGGUGCCAUCUGGACUAGACACUUAACAACGACCCAUUUGAUCCUCGUGUCACUUUUGUUCACGUUUUUUUUAUGAACAUAUUGCACAAAAAAUUUUCUUUUGCUUUCUGAGCUAUUCUUUAAUCCACUUGUCUAAAUCAAAACGUAGUGGCACGCGCAUACCGGAGAGGUCGAAGAAAGGGGGGGGGGGGGGGGGGGGGGGGGGGCUGUCUCCCAAAAAAUUGGAUCCUUGGAUCCACCACUGGUAUUUUUAAGACUUUCGACUAAUGGUAUAUUGUAAAUGAUUACACAAUUUCUGAAAGUUAACCUAUCAUGAAAUUGGUAGGGCAUCCUUUUCGAUUGUUGUACCGAUCAAUUCGAGGUCUUAUAAGCUUUCCUUGCAAUGGCCAAGGUUGAUUGCUGGUGCAUAAAUGCUUGAGAUAAACAAACGUGCGAGAUGGGUACAACUUUAAGUACAUUUAAGUGUGUAUUUUGUCAAUUUUUGCAGUGUUGGGUACAGUACCCCCAAUGUCCCCUUCCACAAGGACUAGAAACCAGGCUCCAAUUGUUUAAAAGGUGGAUAGCGCUAUCCACUGGAGAGCAAUUGGCUCCCCUAAUAUUUAUCCAGUAGAUAGUGAAUUAUCCAUUGGAUAGUGCUAUCCAGCUUUUGAACAACUGGGGCCAGAAGGUCAUAGGUUCGACUCCUACUGGGUGUAUUCUGAUUUCUUCUUCUAAGCCCUCUUUGUUACUGACUGAAUAAACAUCCAUAUCAAGUAAACACCAGUGAAAUACCGCUGAGCUUUCUCGCAAAAACAUGAUAUCUUCACACAUGAAAAUAACAUGUUUUCAUGAAAAUAAUGUGUUAUCAUUGCUUGUGAAAGAUCACCGUUGCUGUGGCUACAUAAUAAAUCGCACCUUUCAGUGCAAGUCAUGGCUGCUUGGAGAUACAAAAUUUAUCUUCUCGGGUUGAAAAAUAUUUUUUCCUUUUUGCUACUCUCACUUGUGAAAUAUUAUUCAACUCUCAAAGAGAAAUUUUGAAUCUCUGCACUGCCAUGUAAUAUCCUCUAUUUCUCACAUUGCAUCUGAUUUGCUAACCUUAAUGUAACUUUUUUCUGUUUAUAAGGAUGCUGUCACAAAGCUUCAGUUGCCACUCAUGGAGAUGCUGCGCUAUCCAUAUUUUUUACAUCAUAAAGAACUUGCUACAUUGUUUGUUGAAGGACUGAUUACCCUUAACAAGUGUGAAUGCCCUCUUAAGUUAGAAGAGAAGCUACCUGGUACAUAUCUCCUCUUGGUUCACCCUGAUGCUGAGGUAUAUGUGCACAUAAUUAUAAAAUAGACUGCAAUUUUCCAUCAUCUUUACAAACAUUUGUUCUUACAGACCAUAGCAAUGACGUUGAAAUGUUGAAAAUUUAUGUGGAAUGGCAAGUGAUUUCCCUGCAAAUGUGUAUAACAUGGAAAAUUGUGACAUCUGUUUUAGUGUCUUUUUCCAGUGAUAUGAUUAUUGUUUUGGAAAAAAACACGCAAGAGACAGAGAAAAACAAUUUUUGCCACCGUGGCUCCAAUUCCAUAGGCUUAUAGCCCUUGACCACUGAGAAAGCCAGAAAUCACUCACAUAUGGUUUUCUCUUGCUGAUAGCUCUCACGUUGAAGUCUUAUGUUAUCAUUGUUUUGUGCAAAUUUUAUCUUGUUUUCUCCUGUUGUUGUUGUCGUUGUUGUACUUGAAAUGUGUGAUAAUGAGUUUUUAAACAAAGGGGAAAAAACUAUGAUACAAUUGAACCACAACAUAGUCAUGUAUAUGGCGUUUGCUGUUUUUCAGGUACGUGGAUGGGCCAUUGCAAGUGUCAGAGACUCAGGGCUUCUCAAUCCAGAUGAUUAUGACUUUUUAGCAGAGGUUAUAGGGUGGAUGAUGAAUGUUGUUCAAUUCAACUUGUUUGAAAACAUUUACUCUUUAAUACAAGAAAAUGAUGCAGAUAGAGAAUUGCCUUUUGAUUUUCUGCCUCCUCAUCUGUUUAUGGAACUUGAUAAAAGAUUUUACUGGCAGAGUUUGUUUGUGCUGAUACGGCAAAUGGAUGUUUCAACUGUGCAGACAUGUUUUAUGACUUCCCAGCCUGGGCACGAUGAGCUUUUGACAACAAUUCUAUUGUCCAUGGAAGAGCAAGGUAAUCAUUUCUUUUUGAUAAUAUUACAACCCCUUUAUUAUGCUGUGGUUCAAUUAUAUCUUCAUUAUCUUGGGUAUGAUAAUGUACAGCAAGAUAAUUUGUGGGAAGGAUAAAAAUUUGAACCACACAUGUACUUCACUGCGGUCCAUGUAAUGUACUUUUGUAAGAGCAUCAGUGGGCUUAAUCAUCUAGUGUCUAUAAUUAUUAUAUUCUGUGGUUGUUAGGACAUUAACAACAAAUUACAAACUGAACAUAUAGUUAUAGCUGAUUUAAUGAAGGUUGCUUUCAUGGGCAGUGGGAAUUGCAUGUUGCAAAUCUAUUGUUUGGUGGUCACUUAUGCAAAUCAUUGCAGAGUACGCCCAAAUGCUUAAUGCCCAACUGCCAAAGCAACCGUUAUUGAAUUAGGUAGUAUUUUAAAAUAAUUGCAAUACUGCCACUUUAAGAAUUUAUACACUCUCUACACAUGAUGAGCAAAUCUGUUUACACUAGUCCCAGACUGUGCAGAAUAUGUUUUUGGUGAUCUAGAUAGAUUCACAAAUUUCUUUGCACAGAAAUGAAAAAUCAAGAUUAUAAUAGUGGUUUAAGUAAGUGUCAUUGCUUUUAUACUUCAAAAGUAUAAAAGAUUUUCUCCUAUAAUGUGGUAAUGGAAGGUCACACUGUGAGGUGAUCAAAAACGAGUUGUAUGUAAGUUGUCCAUACCUGCUGUUUUGGAGCCAUUGGCUGCUGGAAAAUGUAUUGACACCGUUUGAGUCAAUGUUUUAUUAAUGUUAUUUGUUGUAACUACCAUUAACUUCCACUCUUAGGCCACCCCAAACUCCCUGCCCCGGCCAGUUGUAGGCCCAUCUAUCUCUUAACAAAAAAUAUGUCCAGCUAUAAGACCCUCAGCUAUAAGUCCCCCUCUAUCUUGAAUUCGUAUGAAUUUUUUAUUUUUUAUGAUGUUUUGAAGCAGUUAAGUUGAAAAAGUAUUUUGAACAGCACUGCUAUGUAGCUUGUUUUGAAAUGCUUUUUGAUAAGCCUUCCUAAAACCCCUUAUGAAGUUGAAUAAGCUUAGGGCUUAUAAGUGGAUGUUUACAAUAUACUAUACAUACUGUAUAAAAUUUUCUUUUUUUCCUACAGACAAAUCGCCAUUUUGGCCAAUGUUACAAUGCUUUGUUCUCCUCCUUGAGCGGCUUGGCAGCAGAAUCUGGCAAAUGCCAAAAUUUAACUACAUGCCAACUGAUGUUUUCAGGAUCAUAACUGAAAACUGGAUUUACAGUGAUUCCAUUACACAGUGGCAGCAUGGCAGUGAAACACCUA